CAUAAAUAAAACAUGGAGAACCAAACCACAAUGCCUUACUUUCUGCUUCUGGAAUUCUCAAAAUAUCGUCAUCUGCAGCUUUUGCAUUUCUUCUUCUUCUUUGUAUUGUACCUGUUAACUGUAACAACAAAUCUUCUCAUCAUCUCUGCAGUUGCUUUUGACCAUCGACUGCAUAGCCCUAUGUACUUCUUUCUCAUGAAUUUAGCUCUACAGGACCUGGGCAUUGUUUCAAUCAUUGUGCCCAAAUCCAUGAUAAAUUCUCUGAUGGGCACCAGAAAUAUAUCUUACUUUGGUUGUGUUAUUCAAUACUUUCUCUUUCUCUCCUUUGAAGCUUCUGACUUAUCCCUCCUGACAGUUAUGGCAUAUGAUCGGUAUGUUGCUAUUUGCAAUCCAUUGCAUUAUGAGAUGGUGAUGAAUUGGAAAUACUGUACUGAAAUAAUAAUUCUAGUGUGGGUUACGGGUCUUCUCUAUGGAAUGUUGCAUACCACUAGCACUUUUUCCAUCCUAUUUUGUUCUAAUGUGAUCAAUCAAUUCUUUUGUGAAAUUCCACAUUUGCUAAAACUAUCCUGCUCUGGCAUAAAUGUACCUGAGGUUGGAAUUCUUGUGGUCAGUGUCAUUGCUGGACUAGGUUGUUUUACUUUUAUAGUUGUAUCUUAUGUAGUGAUAUUUAAGACAGUGUCAACAAUUCCUUCUGAAAAAGGAAGGCAAAAAGCCUUAUCGACUUGUGUCCCCCAUCUUACGGUAGUGUCUAUGUUAUUAUUAAGUGGAUGCAUUGCCUAUCUGAGACCUUCUUCUAACACUCCAUCUUACUUAGAAUUUGGGUUGACUGUUUUGUAUGCCCUCCUUCCACCAAUGUUCAAUCCAAUCAUCUAUAGCAUGAGAAAUAAGAAUAUCAAAAGUGUCCUUUCUCAACUUUGGAGGUUUUAA